UUCCUCUCCCUUUCCCUCUCUCUUAUAAAAACUCCGAAGUUCAGCUUCUCAAUUGAGCGAGCCAUAAGGACAGAAUCCCAAACUCCCAUACUCGAUAAUGGAGGUGGUGAUACCGGCACCACCCAGCGGCAUGGAUUUCAACUUCGACAGCGCCUGCUCUUCCCCCUACGUCAGUGCUCCUUCCAGCCCCAAACGUUUUGGUGAGUUUUUCAGCGCUCCCACUAGUCCUACUAGGGCCGCUGCAAUCUAUCGUGGCUUCAACGAUUUUUCCAUCACCAGCGGCACCAGCGGCACCGGCGGCAGGGGUGGCUCUUCUUCGAUCAUCCCAUUUGACUGGGAACAGAAACCUGAAAAAUCGAAAUCUAGCGACACCCAGAACGACGAUGACGACUUCGCCUUUGAUUUCAGUGGUCAGUUAGAGACAGCUUCGCUCACCGCCGAUGAACUCUUCGACGGAGGCGUCAUUAAACCUUUAAAACUUCCUCCUCGGCUACAGCAGGUUCCUAGCGGAGUUGACGAAUUUUCUACUCGGAAGAGCGCUGUUUCGUCGCCGAGGUCCCCAAGAUCACCUGUCUCGAAGGGGAAAAGGAUAAUCCGUGAAGCGUUGUCCCCGCGCCACAAGAAAGACUUCGACCCGUUCGCAGCUGCAAUUGAGCAAGCGCGUAAAGGAUCGGAACGCGAUCGAGGGAGAGAAAGAUUCUCUGGUUCGAAUUCCGGCCGCAGAGGUACCCGAUCGCUGUCGCCUUUCAGAGUUUCUGCGUUCCCAUGGGAAGAAAAAGAACAACAGCAAAGUACCAAACCCGCUUCAUCAAAUUCAAAAUCCUCUUCUACAUCGUCGUCGUCUUUGAAGGGGAGCAAGAAAUGGAGGCUGAAAGAUUUUCUGUUGUUUCGAAGCGCUUCAGAAGGUCGAGCGACGGACAAGGAUCCUUUCAGAAAAUUCGCGGUUUUAUCCAAGAAGCAGGACGACGUAAAGAACUCGAGCUUCCGGUCAACCGACAGCUCCGGUUCGAGGAGAAGAGGACGAGUUUCAGCUCACGAGUUUCAUUACACGGUGAACAGGGCGGUAUCUGAGGAGUUGAAGAAGAAGACCUUCUUGCCGUAUAAACAGGGUCUUUUGGGUUGCUUGGGCUUCAAUCCGACCGUCCAUGGGCUUGCCAGGGGCUUUGGUUCCCUUACACGUUGAUGGGUUGAUCAUGAAUCGACCAAAAACCCUUUGGUUCUUUCAUUUCUAUGCAUGCAUGAUUAAGUAAAAUCUGCAGGGGAUUAACUCUUCUAGUAAAAAAUUUCCCUUUAUUACAUCUGUUUGUUUUGGUGUAAAGGUUCUAUUGCUUUGAAUUGAAUUGUAAAAGGCAGACACAGAAGACUCAAGUGAUACACUAUUAAUUUCUUUAAUCUU